AAUCAAUCAUUAAAAGUAGGUUCGAAUCAUACUAAAGGCCAUAAUAGUCUCCAUAAGGCCAAAACAGGAGUGUGGAGCAAUUUUCUAUUAGAUUUCAUUGAGUUUGUGGUACUCUCUGCGAGUUAACGUUGGGUAGAUUUAAUUUAGAAAGGAGCAUAAAAAAACGCGGACAAAAAGCACAAGCUUGUAGUUAAAGGUGAUAUUAAAACAAGGUAUUUUGAUAGUACAAUGUCCAUAAUACCUGCAACUUCACAAUCCAUGGCGAUCAAGCCCAUUGACCAUAUGGAACUAGAGAACCAUAUUCGGGAUUUCCAAAAUAAACUUGGAAAUGAUUGGGAUAAAUACCAAGAAGCUUUAAGUUUAUUCUUAAUUGGUAAGUUGUCACGUAAUGAAAUGGUAGAUACAAUUACACCUCUCUUGAAAGAUGGAUUAGUUAAAUAUCAUAAUAAGCUUCUUCUUAUGAACUUUGCCAAUUCCUUGAAGGAAGGACCACUUGACUCUCAAACUGAAUUUGCUUCGUUUUGGAAUAAAAAGGCAAGUAAGACUAAAAACGUUAAAUCUAGUCAAUAUGAAAAGUUUAAGAUGAAUAUUAUGGGAUUGCCCAUAAGAGAAAGACGUCGUAUUAAGAAUAUAUCGCGAGAAAGUGGUAAAAAGGGUAAGUUAAGUGCAAGUAUAACACUCACAAGACACGCGCUUCUUCCGAAGAUUCCUAUGAUUCAAGACAAAGCCCAACAACAAUCACACGUGAAUAAUUUGGUUCAAUGGCAACAAGAUGUGGUCAAUGGUAUUAAUACACCCAUUGCAACUGAGAAUUAUGAAAUCCCAGAUUAUGAUAACUUAUCUAGAAGAAUGAUCAUGACAAUGCGUGAACAUGGUCUUACUGGUGGAUUAAACCCUCAAGUUAUGGAGGUAUUAUUACUUGGACUUGAAGUUCAUUUGAAAAAUAUUAUCGAAAGUGCUAUAGACGUUGCAAGAUACAGAGAAAACAAAUAUGCCAGCAAUGAUUAUUUAUCACCAUCAUCAGAUCUGGGAACAAGAAUUGAAAAUAGAGAAGAUGAAAUAUCACAAGAAAGGAAAAGACAAAAAGUUACAUUGGGAGCAGAAGAUUUAUAUGACACAUUAGAAAUGUUUCCUCAUCUUAUCGAGCCUGGUGGACCAAAGUUAAGACUCGCGAACGUUAUGUUACAGAAUGAUGAUAUGAGUACAACGGGUGAGCUUGAUUACGAGUUACCACCAAAAUCGGAGUUGAUAAAUGGGACUUCGUCAAAUGAUACCCUUCUUGUGAAUCAAAAGGGUAACGAUAAGGACGAAUUAACAAAUUCUAAUAAUGGUCAUCCUAUUGUGCCCAAGGAUGAAGAAGAUGCUGGAGAGUCUGUGGACCCAAAACUGGACACUCAACAUAAAAACUCCCUUGUCCCACACAAACAGGCACCAACAACAGCACAAAUAUCAAAACAAAUCCCAGACUCUCAUACUGGAACUAAUGACGACUUGAAGUGGUUAUUACACGAUCUCAUCUCCACGAUGUGAUCAAAGAACUCCAUAGACAAAUCUUUCCUUCUACCCUGUAUUAUAAUAAAUAAGCUCUAUAAAUAUACACAAAUUUAUUCU